AUGGAAGACGUCGGCAGCCACGGCCGCAUCGGCCGAUUCAACUACCUCAACCCCGACCAUAUCAACGCCCUCCGUUCUCCCCCCAUCUUGCCUUUGCCUUUGGCCUUGGAGACAUUUCCAAUCCAAAACAAGAAAUCUUCUUUAGGGCAGAAGAGCAAGCGGAGGCCUUGCGGCAGCUUGAUAAACUCCAACACAAUCGACCGGGACCUUCUUGAGCGUCCCUUGCAACGAAAUACACGAGAAGCUCGCAUUGCGGACUAG